ACGACAACUACAACGUGUCAGACGUCCGCACACACUUGAGCCUUGCGCGCCCGAGCUUGAGCAGCCCGCCGAACAGAAGCGAAACGCCCCGCGAGUGCCCGCCGGUUCCGUCCUCGUUCGAACGCUCCGAACGCACCCAGCUCCACUUGGAGUACACAAGCACCCGUGCCGAUUUCUUCGCGUGUCCCUGGUUGUUGUGUGACUUUUUCCUCGUAAACACUCGCCGCCGACAUGAGGAUUUAAAAGUUGCGGCUCUAGGGUUGAGUGAUUUGGAUUUGCCACCGUCCCCGGACCCGGACCGACGUCGUCGUCAACAACACAUGUGUUUGCAUCGACAUGGUGCGCUCGACUGUUCGCCAGCUGGUUUUGCGACCUAAGUUUUUGGCCCAUCAACUGCGUUGUUUACACACUGAAGAUAAAAAAUGGCAGUCCGUUGCAACUGCUGCGGCCACAGCUGCCACUCAGGGUGUCUGUGUCCCUGCACAAGAGAGCCUGCCAUCCAUGCACACGUUCAGGUAUUCGGAUACCAUAGUACGUUUGGCUGAGCCCCACCAACUACAACCCAAACCUGACGCUGCAGGGCUUCAGUUUGGAAAAUUGUUUACUGACCAUAUGCUCAAGAUAGAGUACCACAAACGACUUGGAGGGUGGCAAAAACCAGUGAUCACUCCCUUUGAAAAUCUUGUUCUCCAUCCAGCUGCCAAAGUGCUACAUUAUGCUGUUGAGUUGUUUGAAGGCAUGAAAGCCUAUCGUGGUGUUGAUGGGAGGAUACGAGUUUUCCGUCCAGAAAUGAACAUGGAUCGAAUGAAUCGGUCUGCAGCCAGAGCUGGUCUACCAACAUUCAGUGGACCGGAGUUGAUAAAAUGCCUGAGCCGCUUAGUUAGUAUCGACCAGGAAUGGGUGCCCCAUUCAGAGUCUUCAAGCCUUUACAUUCGUCCAACCUUCAUCGGUAUUGAUCCUUCUUUGGGUAUUGCAUGCUCUGAGUCAGCUCUGCUCUACGCUAUUCUGUCGCCUGUUGGGGCUUACUUUUCAUCCGGCUUCCAACCUGUCACUUUGAUGGCAGAUCCAAAGUAUACACGAGCAUUCCCAGGUGGCUGUGGUGAUCGCAAAAUGGGCUCCAAUUAUGCCCCCACCAUACAUGUACAGCGAGAGGCCACUGAGAGAGGCUACCAACAAGUUUUGUGGCUCUAUGGUGAAGAUGAACAGCUGACUGAAGUUGGAACUAUGAAUAUUUUCCUAUUCUUUAUCAAUGAUGACGGAGAACGAGAGCUAGUCACACCAAAUCUGGAUGGCUUAAUUUUGCCUGGAGUCACACGCCUGUCCAUUCUAGAGCUGACACGUAGCUGGAAUGAAUUUAAGGUUUCUGAGCGAAAAAUAACUAUGGCUGAAGUGAUAAAGCUGAUGAACGAGAACAGACUGUUAGAAAUGUUUGGUGCCGGCACGGCUUGCAUUGUGAGCCCUGUAGCAUCAAUCCAUUACAAGGAUAUAACAAUCAACGUACCUACAGGUAGCCAAGAAAAUCCACUGUACUACAGACUAGAACGAGCUCUGACCUCCAUCCAGUACGGUCGCGUUCAGCAUCCUUGGGCUGUGACAAUUGACUAAGGAAUGUUGCCCCUAUUUGCUCAUUUUUUCAAGAAAAAAAAAGAAGGAAAAAAGGCUACCUGUUUUCAUUUAAAAGCAAUGAGCAGCACUUUCAGGAAUUAAAAUGGCCUGCAGCCUUCCUUUCCAAGGAAAUAUAGGUCUUCUAUUGAAUAUGUGAGAAUUACUGCGAGAGUAAAAACCCUUUUUAUUGCUGCGUAUGUUAUCUAUUUUUAGUCAUUUUGAAGUAGUACAAAACAGUAACGCAAGUGGUACAGUUGUUUUAUUGUAUGUCAAGGGCAAUUGCUUUACUGUGUUGUCCAAAGUGUAUGGUUAGGUAUUUAAGGCUUAGUCAGAAGUGACAUAAGAGAUAAGUUUUUAGAAGAUUUUUAAAAAGAAGCAAAACUGGCUGAUUGUCCUUAAAACCUUAGGACCGCAGACAGAUGUGUACUUAGUUAAGCUCACUGUUACUCAUAUUUUGUAUAAAUUCAUUUCAUUGUCUCAUUAAUUUAUGUGAAAGCCCAUUGAGUUGAGCUGUGCUCUGUCACUUUUUAUUUAUGUUGUAACUUAUGUUUAGAUUUUCCUUGUUGCCUAAUUGUACAACGUUCAGGUUUUCCUAUGAUUUUAUUUUUAAAUUAAGUUAUUAUCUUUGUGUUGGUUGAAAAUUGAGCCAUUAUUAUCUUACUGUCUUGAUAAUGUAAAUGCUUGCAAAAGCCCUGAAUUCUCAUUUUACUCUUGUGCUGUUCUGCUUACCCAUUUUCUUCACAAAGUUUCUGUUAAAGCUCUUGAAAUUUCUUGUAAUGCCCACUCACUACUCAUGAGGCUGAAAGACGGUAAUGGUUCAUAAUUUUCAAAAUUGUGACAGGAACAUUUCUGUUUGACAAAUCAUUAAGAUUUGACAUGUGUGCCAUGUAUGAUUUGCCUGUGCCUUACUGGUUUGUUGUCUCUGUGACCUUUGAUAGUUUUCAUUUAAGUUGGGAAUGGAAGUAAAUUUUAUUGAUUCAUCUGUGAUCUUCAACAUAGGCUGUUUUGAAAUUAUGUUAUCAAUUGUAAAAAGAAUGAAAUUAGUUAACAAAAAUCAAAUGAUACAACAGAAAUAAUGUUUGUUGUAACGAUUUUGGGUCUGCUUCUUAUGUGACAUGUUUGUCAUUGUCACAUUUGAACUGGCAAAGUUUCGAGUUUCGACAUAUGUUAGCCUUUAUGUAUUGUAGAUAUGGAAAUUGUGCUUAUCCAUGUGUGUCAGUAUUUUUUCAUAACAUUAGGCUAGAUCUUUUUUUGUUGUUGUUAAGAUAUCAAUUGAUAACUCAAUUAUUAAAAACAUUUUGGCGCUUGUGCUAUUUGACAUGUUUUUGUUGUGAAAAUGUAUUUUUUCAUCAGCUGUUUUGGUGUUGAACAUGUGUAUCUGAUACCUUCGAUGGACAUGAUCUAAAAUUGAAUGGAGAAUAGUCUUACUUGAUUGAUAUUUGAUCUGAUGGAUGAGAAAUGAAAGAACUUAAGUUGCAUUAGACCACUUGUUGCUUUUUGUUAUCUUUGUAUGCGUUUCUAUGGAAAUUUGUGAAAUUUUUAUUUUUACUGACAGCAUUUAUGUGCGUUGAGAGAAAGAAUGGAAAUAACAGGAAGUGUACUACUGUUAUGGUCUGAAGUAUUUGUGACUACUGUGUGGCGAGUUGUUGAAAUUCCUCAAUAAAGCAUGGUAAGUUAAA